CGCACUGUACACAAAGUCGGCCAUCUUUAAAUCCCAUUACAACGCGUUAUAAAUAAAGAAAGUGUGUCGUUUGUGUCAUCAACAGCUAAGUUUUGACAUUUUUUUUAUUACAAACAAAUUGUUAAUACAAUUAAAAGUCAAUAAAAUUUAUUUGAAGUUGAUAAAUAACUUUUCACAACAAAAUGGGCGUCAUUUUUCUUGAACAUAUUGGAGGAACAAGAUUGUUUUCCUGUGCUUCAUGUGACACAAAUCUUACAAACAGAAGUCAGCUGAUCAGUACUCGAUUUACAGGAGCUACUGGCCGAGCAUUUCUUUUUAAUAAAGUUGUUAACCUAAGUUAUAGUGAAGUCCAAGAUCGUGUAAUGCUGACAGGUAGACACAUGGUGAGAGAUGUGAGCUGUAAAAAUUGUGAUGCCAAACUUGGUUGGGUAUAUGAAUUUGCCACUGAUGAUAAUCAACGAUACAAAGAAGGACGAGUGAUAUUAGAAAGAGCAUUAGUCACUGAAAGUGAUGGAAUGGGAGAAAAUAUUUAAUACAAUUAAAAUCAAUUGAAAAAUAUUACGUUAAUGAAUCGUAUAAAUAUUUAUGUACUUAUCUAUAGUUGCCAAUAGAUCAGUUUACAUAAUCCACUCGACUGUUCAUUAUAAAAGAAAAAAAAGUGAGAAAAUAAUGUGUUCGAUAAAUACUGCUGUAUUAAUUUUCAUAUUAUAAUAUGAAUGAGUGUCUUAUCUUAUUACAUAUUUGAUUUUGUAUUAUGUUCAAGACAUGAUAAUUAUCAUGAUAGUUUUUUAGUAUAUAAAUGAAUAAAUAUAAUGUAAUAGUAGUUAGUAAUGUCAAUUAGUCAUGAAUCAU